AUGCUAGCAGGUCGCGGUGCUGUGAUCUUUGGUGAUAGUCCCGGGCCAGGACAUUCUUUGGCAGAUUCAUACCAGGUUCCUACCGACGAGGGAAUGACGCCUUGCGUGAGAAACGGUAGUCUCUCCUACGAUAGCGGCAUAGGAACUAGCUUGGGAUCGACUUCUUCCUCAUCAUUCCGCCAGUCAAAGGACACCCCAAAGCGACCGGUCAGUCCUGACGCACGAUUGAGUGAUCCAAGACGACGUUCAUCUUAUCUGCAAUGCUGUGGUUCCACAGGACCCUACAAUUUUCAGGAAACGGGCAAGGCGGACAGCAGAGAUCCCAUUAGAUUCCAUGGUGAUACUACUAGGGGUACAGCUAUCUGUUCCCAAACCCAUGCUGUACUCCCACCGGCAUCCUUUUCUGAAAUCAGUAGUCGAAAUUCAUUGCGGCGUGAAGAGUACAGGAUCGGCUGGAUAUCCGCCUUGAAGGUUGAAUUCCGCGCUGCGCUGCAAAUGCUGGACCAGCGGCACCAACCCAUACUCGGGCACAGCUCCGAUGACAACCUUUACGUCCAGGGUCGAAUCGGGAUCCACAACGUGGUACUAACAUGUCUCCCAGAUGGCCGCAAUGGAACCAACUUCGCCGCCAUGGUAGCGACAAGUAUGAUUUAUACAUAUCCCAACAUCCAGACUGGAUUCAUGGUCGGUAUUGGAGGUGGACUACCUAGCCCCCAGAACGAUAUUCGUCUCGGGGAUGUGAUAACGGGUUCCAACGAAUCGGCUUCCUCAACGCGCCACCUGAGAGGCUAUUAG